AUGUCCUACAUAACAAAAUCUUCAAAAGACGCAAAAUUUUCAGACAAUUAUAACGAAAUAAUUAAGAAUUUAAGCCUAAUUUUAGAUGCCAAUGAAACCGAUGAAACUAAAAAGAAAACCAAAGUUGAGGAAAAAAAAGAAGCGAGCAACAUUAUUCCUCUAUUAACCGGAGAACCGGAACUAAUCCUUGACGAGAACCAAACCUUCCAAACUACGGAAGAACAAGCAAUCCAAUUAUUAGCCCGAGUAAUUUAUGAACUAGGCAAGAUUGAUAAGGCUGAUUUAAUAAAUGCCAUUGAAGCGAUGAAUAAAGAUUUAACCAUCAAAACUUGGGAUUUACCGCAAACUUACACCCAAGAACAGGCUAUAGGAACUAAUACUCCACGCUCAAACAUUUUAGAUUUUGACCAGCCGACAAAACCAAAACCACUCUUUACAAAUCCACCAAACAAAAAGGAGGCAGAUGAUGAAGAAGGGGUGGAAAAAUUGGAAGAAGAUUUAGAUACCAAAAAAAUGGCCGCAUGCUUCCGGGCUGGCCAAUUAGAUAAAGAAAUCUCUGAUGGCCAAAAAGAAAUAGAUGAUAAGCAAAAGGAAAUUGAUGGUAAAGAUGCUGAAAUAAAGACUUUAGUGGGGGAAAUUUUGAGUAAAAAACGAGAAAAGUUGAAUUCUUAUAAUAUUGCUAAAGGAUUUGCUAAAACUACUAGCGAGGACAAUAGACGUGAUAUAAUGGAAUUACUUGACCUGAACCAAUUACUUUUAGAAAUCAGAUAUUUAGAAAAUGAUGGAGAUGCUACUUCCAUAAGCACAGUAGACGCUGAAAAUACCGCCCUAACUGAAAUAGAAACCAUUUUAGCAGAGGCGGGCUAUAGUGGAGGACAAACUACUUACUUAGUCUUGCAAUUCCGCAGUUUAGCCUAUAUCGAUGGUGGGGAUGGUAGGUAUGACAUUCAACAGGCUAUUAGCCGCAUAAAAGCUGGUAAAUACACAGAUAAAGAUGGAAAAGAGGAAAAUGUUUCCAGUUGA